AUGCCUAAACAUGUUUAAGUCUACACAGAAAGAGUAAAAAUUGUUAUUGAUUUUCUUAGUUUGAUCAAGUCUUGGAAAUGUUGGUUUCCAAAGUAGGAGAAGCAAAGUGGGCAGAAAUCACAAGAUAAAUGAAGAAUUUGUAUGGUAUUAAUGUACCUCAGAAACCAAUGGUUUAAGCCAGAUGGAGAGCAAUCGAUCCUAAAAUAAACAGGGAACCAUUUACACCGGAAGAGAUGGUUCAACAUUGGCAUCAUUGUGUGAGAUUUAAAUGUCAUUGGGAUGCAAUCAGAGAUUAAUACGAAUUGAUUGGUCAGCAGAGGGAUAAGACUUAUUUAUCCUAAAGAUUUUCGAUCCACUUUACUUAAAUAAUUUCAGAUUUGAAUAGAGAAAUAGGAAAGAUAGCAUCCUAUAAUUAAUAAAAGAUAGAUACUAUGAGAGAGACCACAAAAAAGAGAGUGAUAGAAUUUAAUAGCAGAGAUCCUUUGAGUGUUCAGGAUCAAUCUGCAAGAGAAAUCAUAGUUAGUUGUAAAUCAUUAGUCAAAGUAAUGACCUAUUUGGUUGAUAACUCACAUCUGUAGACUGAAUUAAUGUGGGCUGAAGUCAAGAAGAUGAUCUCCCCUGCCAAAUUUUAGAAAGUUCUAUUCAAUAUUUUCAUUAUGGAUACUAUUGUGCUGAUUUCAUGUAAUGAAUUAAAGGCUAUUGAUGAUACAUCCGAUCUAAUUGAUGCUGACGAUUUCAGAAAAGGCAAAUAUAUCAAACCAACUAAAAUAAGAUUUUGGAAUGAUGCUCUUGAACAGGAAUCCAGUCCAGAACAUACAGAAGAAGAUGAAAUCCUAACAACAUCAGUCAGAUUGAGUAGAAUGGGACCAUAAACUCAAUUCACCAAAAAGGAUAUUGAAGAAAUUAAAGAAAGCUUCAUUUACAAAUACUGUAAUACAGACCAAAACAAAGCCUUUUAUAAUUGGUACAAUGAAGCUAAGACAUAGAAGAAUGCCUUUCCCUCAGACUUGACUGUGGAUAUAAUGGAAUUGGAAGGUGGUAAAAAAUUACUCAAUUAUGAUCCUGCUUAGCCUAAGAGAAAGUAUGUUAAAAAAUAAAAGCCUGAAACUAAAGUGUAGAAACAGAUUGAAAAAUUCAAGAGAAAGAAAAAGAAGAUUCAAAUUGAGGGCGAGGGAAAAUAAAGAAUAAAGACUAAAAAGGGAAGAAUUAGACUUAAUAAGGAGAGAUUUCCAGGUCAAGAUACCAUUAUAUUUAAUUAAUAACUAGAAGAGGAGGAAGAAUAGUCUAGCAAUGACUAUUAAUUAAUGGAUGCAGAAUAGAUUUAUAAGAUCAAUCAAAGAAUGAACAGAUAGAAUGCAGGCAGUCAAAGUGAAAAUGACAGUUAAAGCAGUAAUUGA